CCCUCUUGGACCCGUGUGCCUUUUCACCUCCGUGCGCCACAGCACAGGUUAAGUCGCCUGGUUACCCGCCUUUGCGCACCAAACAGGCUGCUCUCCAAACGCGCACACACCGCGGAUUUAAGGAGGAUUUCGGUGAAAACACUGGCACGAGGCGCUCAAACUGCAGCGCGCUUCUGGACCUGGCUGUAGGAGUCGAGGCCCAGUGUGACGCUCUCCUCGUGUGCUGUAGUGAACAUGAUCUCACUGAGAGUUCAUGUAUCCUGCAGUGAUGGUCUGGUCGCAGUGAGAAGCAAGCGCCCCCUGCCUGUGUCAUGGUGUGAGGCUGCGUGCCCGGGCACAAGCAUGGCCUCCAUGGUUGCCAGUGGAAACCAAGAUGGGCCGUCCGUGGUCCUGAAGGGGGUGGAUCCAGAGACGUGUAUGAUAGUGUUCAAGAACCACUGGGCCCAGGUGGUGAAGAUUCUGGAGAAACACGACCCACUCCGUCACACCUCUGUUCUGACCCUGGGCUCCUCCGGCCGUGCCUCUCGCUGUGGCGCCAUCCCCGGAGACGAAGCCAGCGCUGUGCAGAACUAUGUGGAGCACAUCCUGUUUCUACUGAUGGAGGAGGAUUGUGGCCAAGCCGGCGCUAUGGGACCCAUCCUGGAGUUUGUUAUCAUGGAGAACAUCAUGGAACGCCUUUUCGUUUGGAGUUUACGCCGGGAAUUCACAGACGAUAUGAAGUUAGAACAGUUAAAGAUGUACGAAAUGUUGGUGGGUCAAGCGCGUCAGCCUUUACUUCACCACAAGCCGAUUUUGCGCCCGCUGAUGAUGCUGCUGUCAUCAUGUUCAGGGACCGCAGCGCCACAGGUGGAGGCGGAGCUGGUGCUUCUGCUGAACCAGCUAUGUUGUGUUCUGGCUAAAGAUCCGUCCGUUUUGGAAUUGUUUUUCCACACCAGCGAAGAUCAGGGGGCAACCAACUUCCUGAUUUUCUCCCUGCUCAUCCCAUACAUCCACAGGGAGGGAACGGUGGGACAACAGGCCCGAGAUGCACUCCUCCUCAUCAUGUCCCUGUCUGCGGAGAACCAGAGAGUGGCCAAGCACAUAGCAGAGAAUACAUUCUUCUGUCCGGUACUAGCCACAGGUUUGAGUGGUCUGUACUCGUCUCUGCCCACCAAACUGGACGUGCCCAAUGAGGAGUGGCACUGUCUGCACAGGGAGGACUGGCUCCGGAUUCCCGCUCUCGUCCAGUUCCUUAACUCUCUGGAAUUCUGCAACGCUGUGAUUCAGGUGGCUCAUGUUGAUGUCAGAGACCAGCUCGUCAGCUACAUCUAUAAUGGUUUCCUCGUGCCUGUCCUUGCACCAGCACUGCACAAGACGACGGUGGAGGAGGUGAUGACCACGACGGCUUAUCUGGAGCUGUUCCUCAGGAGUGUGUCAGAACCUGCUCUGCUCCAGACCUUCCUCUCCUUCAUCCUCCUGCACCGCUACGAGAACGUGCACAUCUUAGACACGCUCGUCAGCCGCAUCAACACACCAUUCCAGCUGGGCACAGUAUCCCUGGCUCUGUUCCGCACCCUCAUUGGCCUGUACUGCGAAGACGUCAUGCUGCAGCUCGUACUGAGGUACUUGAUCCCCUGUAAUCACAUGAUGCUGAGUCAGAGGCGUGUGGUGAGGGAGAGAGACUGUUACUCUGUGUCUGCAGCUAAGAUCUUAGCGCUUACGCCGUCGUGCUGCUCCCCCGACCGAAGCCCGCCACCUUUAAGACAGCUGGAGUCUAUCCUGUUCUCCAAGGGCCCCGAGACACCAGAUAAAACUGAAAGCUUCUCCAGUGACGACGGCCUGGGGAACUCCUGCACCAUCGGCUCGGAGCUGUACCUGGACGUGAGCUACCUCCAUUACCUCUAUGACGCCCGCCUCAGCAUCAGCAGCUGUCUGCGGGCGUGCCAGGUGUGGUCGGCCCCCUACGAUGGCCUGGACCCACCCCCGGACCAGUACCAGGCCGGGGUGUUGGAAGAGCCGCUACUCAAAACCAAGCAAAUAAAUAUCAGGAAAAUAAAACAACCAAUCGUGCUUAGGAGACCGGCACCUUCAGCUGACUCGACGGCUGCCAUUUUGGAGCUAGAAUGGGACGACAGCUACGACGCCUGUCCGGUGCAAAAUCCAGAAGCUACGGUGGAAGAGAAAACGGUUCUACCAGAAGUGGAGCCACCAAAACACAUUCAAGAAAUGCGCAGGACGGCGAUAAUGCUAGUCAAAGAUUCGUACAUCGAGGAAUCAGAGUUCCAAGAUGAUGUUUUGGUCUACAGUUUGGUCGCUAAAAAAGAUAGCCACGAUGUAGAAAGAACUCAACUCAGAAUAUCAGAGUCGGGAGCUUCAGCAGGGGUGGAAUUUAAAAACGGGGUGAAGGGCAGCGACGCUAAAAUGGAUGGUAAAUCAGGUCAAAAAAACUCCACGUCGGAAAUGGCGGAAGAUCUGCUGGCACAGUAUGAGGACUUGAUCCGGACUUUGGACCCAGAGGUGGGCGACAGGAUGGGGGGAGUGGAGGCAGAGGGGGAGAAGAGGGAGGACGAGGGUGGAGAGGAGGAAGAGGAGAUGGAUUUCAGCGCAUUCACAGGAGAGACGCUAGAGUCUGACACACUGCCGUUUCCAUUUGGCCCUAAGCCGAGGAGUGGGAGUACGAGUAGAAGUCCUUCAGUACCUUUUACAGGGCCGUUUAUCAGUGUCCUCCUGUCCCGACUGGAGAACAUGCUGACAAAUCCUCUCCAUGUGAACCUACUCCUCACGGGGAUUGUGGCCCAGCUGGCAGCCUACCCUCAGCCUCUACUGCGCUCCUUCCUCCUCAACACAAACCUGGUGUUCCAGCCCACUGUGCGCUCGCUCUACCAGGUUUUGGCCAUUGUGAAGACUCGGAUCGAGGAGCUCACCGUGAGGAGGACGGACUUCACUGAGAUGAUCACCACAGCUCAGCACUGGCUCCUCGCCCGAGAGAGCAGAGCCACAGAAAACACGAGGAGUGAAGAACCAGGCCUGCUCCUCCAGAACCCGCCUCCUCCCAAACCUAAGCCCAUGUCCUUGGACCACACCGACGUCUUUGCUACCGUCCUCUUCUCCGAGUUCCUCAAAGAACUGGCAGCCAUCGCUCAGGAACACUCCAUUCUCUCCUACAUUCCCAUGGAGGAGUGAGUCAUUCCUCAGUCUGAGCCCGAGCACCGUAUCUGAAUCCAAGCUCCGUAUCUGAGUCUGACGCAAAUCCAGCAAAUGACUCAAACUGGGGAAUGACGUCCACAUCUGCUCAUCACACCUGUAAAAAGACUUUGAAGAGACCUAUUUUUAGAUUACAGAGUAUUUAUUUUUUCCAGAUUAGAGAAUAGCUUUAAUAUUUUUAAAUACUGUUUCACAUUUUGGCCGUUUCUCGAUCUCCUUUGCAGCUGGCAAAGACCAUCUGGAAAAUCCAUGUAUUUUGUCUGAUCUUCAGGUUUGAUUUGAAAACUCCAGCCUCAGUGGAAUGGACGAACUGAGAGUCGUGCUCUGUUUGUAAACUGUUUUCAGGAAGAGGGAGGAUGUGUUUG